CGAGCGCGUGUUUUCGUUAUCAGGUCUGAAGCAGACUGUGACGAAGGGGGCCGGGCUGCGGUUGUGCACCGACAGAGCGGCCUGCCAGCCGACAUUUCCUCUUUUUAAAAAAAACAAACAACGCAACCACAGACGCUGCACGCUUUCUUCUUUCCUCUGUCUUCACUUCUUAGUUUCCCACGCUUCACCCGCCUCGGUUUCCGCUACCGUCUCCGUCUGUCCCCCGAUCUCGCUUCCUCCUCCUCUGGUCCACAUUUUGUUUCACGCGGAGCGCCAACAUUUUCUCACUUCAAUUCCUCCCCUGAAACGCGGUUUGUCAUCUCUCCCUCAAAAAGAAGAGCCAGAAUGAAGAUCGCAGCCUUCAAUGUCAAGAACCUGGGACUGAAAAAGGUCCGGGACAAGGGAGUCGUCCACCACCUCACCAAGGCCGUGUCCCAUCCGCAGAUCAUGUCCCGGUACGGCGUGGUGCUGGUGCUGGAGGUGGUGGACAAGCGCGGCAGAGCCAUGGAGGAGUUACUGCGAGAGCUCAACAAGACCCGCUCUAACAGAAAGCGCCCCUACUCCAUGGUCGCCAGCGGGCAGCUGGGACGAGACACCUACAAGGAGCAGUUCGUUUGUUUCUACAGGGAGGAUGAGGUGACACUGAAAGCCUGUCACCAGUAUGAAGAUAAUCAAGCCGGAGAUGAAGACGCCUUCGCCAGAGAGCCCUUCAUCCUGCACUUCAGCUGUCCAGCCGCAGCUGUGAAGGACCUGGUGCUGAUCCCGGUCCACACCAAGCCGGAAGAUUCGCUGAAGGAGCUGGACGAGCUGUACGACGUGGUCGAGGCUGUCCGGAGGAAGUGGGGGACUGAUAAAAUUAUGAUUUUGGGGGACUUUAAUGCAGAUGGACGUUACCUCUCCAAGAAGAAGAAGGGAACGAUCCGCAUCCACUCAGCUCCCUACCACUGGCUGAUAGACGAUGAUGUCGACACCACGACCAGUAACAAUAACGACAACACCUACGACAGGAUCGUGGUGUAUGGAAAGACCAUGCUGAACGCCAUCGUCCCCGGCUCAGCCAAGUCUUUCAAUUUCCAGAAAGCGUUCAACCUGACUGAUAAAGAAUCUCUCAGUAUCAGUGACCACUAUCCUGUGGAGGUGGAGCUGAAGACCAGCAAGAAAAGCAAAACAGCAAGACCAAGGAAACCGGCCGUGCCCCAGACAACAAAGACGACAUCCACCAAAGGGCCAACUCAGAAGAAAGGCCCACAGCAGAAGAAGACGGCCAGGUCGGCAGGAUUACAGAAGAAGACUAUGGCAGCAAAAAGAAAGAGAGGACAGUCGUCACACACACCAGCCAAGAGAAGACGCUUGGACAAAUGAGCCAGACUCAAGAUCUGGAAUCAGCUAAUAAUUUUAAAGUAGUGUAAUUAGGCUUUGAAUUGAUUUUUUUUUUUACUUCUUAAAGCUGAAAUCUGUUUCCACCCAUUGUCUUCCUCGUCAGUGGCAACACAUAAUUGGAAACUACUGUCCGAAAAAGAGGGCGAGAGAUGCUGCGGCCCGGCGAUGACUUGAAAAGGUCAUCGCACGGCAGCAGGUUUAGUGUGAUAUCCGAAAAUGCAAACGCGAUGCUCAUUAGGACUUUAUUGGCACUGACGUGCACAAAGGUUUCUCUGUUUGACGAGUGUCUCUGUGUUUUACAGUUCUCCACAAUCCAGAUGAAUGUACUGCUGCAACCAGACUUUUAUAAAA